CAGGUCCUCAAUGGAAGGCAGGUUGGUAGCAAUUGUUUUUUCUCCAGUUCUACAACAGUGAGAACUGGAACUAGGCUCGGAAUUCGGGCAUUCUAGACCACAUGUUCCAAGCGCAAGCAACACACCCGCCCUUUUCCUUCUUCCGUCAACUUCACGGAUACGAUGCAAAGGGAUCCUCUUCCUUUAAAUAUUACCCCCACCCCCACCGCUCUGGGCUUAACUUUCCGCUCGGGGGCUAUAAAUAUUUUCCUUCUAGCGGCGAGGAUCGCUUCCAGUUUGAGCAGAGACACUUCCGGGUCGGGUGUUGACUUCGCUGAGGUUUCCUAUCAGCAUGUCGAUUUUCCGUUCUGGUCUACUUGUUCUGACAUCCCCACUGCCGGCACUUUCUCUACGCUUGAUGCCCAUUCUUGCUUCAGCUGCCCGGUUGGUACAAGAAACCCUAUAUAUUCAACUGCAGCCAGGACUCAGCUUGUCGGGUGCUACCCAGCCCCGUUUUGCCUAUGUUCCUGCCACAUCUGAAGUACACAACCUUAUCAGCAAGCUGUACGCUAAUGCUGACAUCCAUCGUCACCUUGAUGUCCGAAUAUUGCUCACCAACCUUCUCAAUCAAGGAGCUAACCCUCCAGGGCUAGGAUCGGUACAGAACCUUUCCCAGCCACCUGAGGUGGUGCUCACAGACUAUGAAAGUGCAGAUGGAGUGCAAUCAAAUCCUAUCAAACAACGCCUAGAACGUUAUGCCGUCAGUUGUUAUAGCUGUUGCCCUAAACUGAGGUCUGUUUUAUUAUAUCCUGACUAUGAAUUACAAGAUGAUGAUGGAGAACUGCCCCCACAAGAAGAGACUGAGAAAACAAAUGAGAAACUGCAAAGUUUCUCUGAUGUAGUGGUGGGAGGCACUUUUGAUAGACUUCACAAUGGUCACAAGAUCCUUCUGAGUGUGAGCUGUCUGCUGGCAGAAAAUCGGCUCCUUAUUGGUGUCUCUGACAAAGAUCUUUUGGAAAAUAAGUUAUUAAAGGAGCUGAUCCUACCUUUUGAACAACGUCUGAAUCAACUUAUUGAAUUCCUAGUAGAUGUCAAGCCCUCCCUGCUAUUUAGCAUUGUUCCUCUAUGUGAUCCCUUUGGUCCAUCAAUCACUGAUCCGAACCUGAAGUGCAUUGUAGUCAGUGAGGAGACGCUCAAGGGUGGUCUUUCUGUCAACAGAAAGAGGGCAGAAAAUAACCUUUCUGAACUGGCUGUCCACAAGAUCAAUCUGGCUAUUGACCCUCAACAUGCCAUAAAUGAGGAAGAAAAAAUCAGCUCUUCUAGCUUGAGAUACAGACUUCUCGGAACUUUGCUGUCUGUACCUCAGAAAAAUCCAUCGCUUCCUUCCAGCCCCUACAUCAUAGGGCUAACAGGUGGAUCUGGCAGUGGCAAAAGUUCUGUUGCCCAGUAUUUGCUUCAGCUUGGUGCCUUCCAUUUGGAUAUGGACAGAUUGGGACACAACCUUUACACACCAGAUGGUCCUGUAUACCAGCAGGUGAUAGAAGCAUUUGGACCAGAUAUUUUGAGAGAAGAUGGAGCCAUCAACAGAAAAUUGUUGGGAGCCAAAGUAUUUGGAGACCAGGAACAGAUGAAGCAACUGAACAAUAUCAUGUGGCCAGUGAUGGCUCAAAUGGCAAAAGAAAAGAUAGAAGAGGCAGCCAAGCAGGGAAAGGCUGUGUGUGUGCUGGAUGCAGCUAUGUUGCUUGAGGCAGGCUGGUCAGAAAUGGUGCAUGAGGUCUGGACAGUCAUCAUUCCUGAAAAUGAGGCCAUAAGACGCAUCAUAGAGAGAGAUGGCCUGAGUUCAGAAGCCGCCAAACUGCGGAUACAAAGCCAAAUGCCUAACAGCCAGCGUGUGAAGCAGUCACAUGUAGUUCUUUGCACAAUGUGGGAGCCAGAAAUUACACACAAAAUGGUGGAAAAAGCUUGGGCCCUGCUUCAGAAACGCAUCAAAUCUGAAAUAGAGCCAUGAACUGAGAUGCAAUCACCUCUUCAUUCUGCCCCCUCAGUACUGCCAGUAUGGAAAAAUGUGCACCCAUCAGGAGUACUCAUUCUAACGAGGGCAGAAGUUGAGAGUAGAGAUAAAGGAAACAGAGUUCCAAACACUUGGUGUUGUGGGAGGUGAUAUUCCCUUUGACCUUUUUUCCUCUUGAAAAAUGUUCAGGGAGAAGCAUGAAGUAACUUUUGUAUAUCGUAGGAUUUGAUUUUUUUUAUUAUUCAGUUGGUACCUGCUGAGCAGGAAGAUACUGCUAUGUGAAGCCACUGAUGUUACAUGUUUUUGAUGGAAGCAGUUUUAUUAAUGCUGCUAACAAAAGAAGAACUUUCAGUGUUACAUAGGCGUGGCAUAAGUGCUCUGUUUAGGCUCCGCUGUUUUGUACUUGAUAUCCUUUAUGCAAAAGUUACAUAUAAAGAAAGCAAAUAUAUUGGC